CAGCUGUCAGAUUUUCGACCGCCGAACAAUCAUAUACAGUAGCGUACUGGUGCUGUUUCGCAGCUCUAAAAUCUCCAAUGAUUUGUGCAUGAAAGAAUAAGUAACUAUGUCUCGAGUUACCAAGAAAGCGUCAUCUGUCUGUACAGACAGCCCACUGAGCAUGAGUGAAGUCUGUCGGAAGAUGACACUGAUGAGGCACAUCCUCACCUCUUGUUUCGGACCCAAUGGUAGACUGAAGCAAGUCCAUAACAACGUUGGUGGACACGUCCUGACCACCUCCACCUCUACAUCCCUACUUCAAGCUGUUUCCUCAUCGGAGCCGUUACUCAAACUUAUAACUGCCUCCAUCCUAAACCACCUGUCUCGGUUCAGUGACUGUGGUCUGUACACUGGCAUCCUCUGUUUUUCCCUCAUUGACCAUGUUCAGAAGUCAGGCUUGAGACCAAGUGUUGCAAUCAAAAUCAACAAACAACUAUUGGAGGUUUGCACCAGUUUCCUCAACCAGGAGGACUGUGGCUGUAAAGUGAAUGUCGAUUUCAACAGCUGCCAGAGCUUGGUGACACUAGCCAGGAGUGUCAUCUCUAGCAAACCUGCCUGUGUGUUGACUGAGGGUGAACAACAGCAUAUCAGCACGUUGGCUGUCCAUGCCUUUCUACUGACUGUCCCCUGUGGUGACACCCCGGGCUCCCCAGACAGAGUCCGUCUUGGUAGGACUGUGACUGUCUCCAUCGAGGGACAGUUUGUGCUAGAUUCUGCAGUGUUUCCAGGUCUGCUGGUGAAUGUCCCAGACAUGCAGCUUCACCCCACAGACUCGGAGAGAACCAGACGGGGGCCCGGUCCCUUCCGACUAGCCCUGUUCACGGUGUCUCUCUCAGGGGAUCUAUCUGAGUUCGGAGAGGGGUCCCUGGAGGUGCACAGUGGAGCCCCAGACCCAGAAGACCUCAUCCUGGAUGAGUUACUGAAGCUGGGAGAGCAGGCGGUUACAGACCAGGUGGAGGUGUUUAUGUGUCAGAGAGUAAUACACCCUGUACUGCAGCAUUACCUCCGGAGGCACGGAGUCUUGGUCGUAGAGAGACUCGGCAUUGCACUCAUCCAGCCCAUUGUUCAAAUGACAGGUGCUCAAGCAGUGGCGUUGUACCAGACCCCUAUCCCUCCUGAGGCCUAUGGCCAGGUGAAAGGCUGCUGUGUCAGGACCGUUGGAUCCAGAGAGAUGCUGCAUCUCCUUCCACCUCGGGAACCAGCACCAGCUGUCUGCACUAUGGUCCUCUGCCACAGGAACGACACCAUGCUCAACGAACUGAAGGUCGCGUGUCAGAGGGCAGAGCAUGUGUUGAGGCUGACCCUGAGAGACCCGGUAGCUCUGCUGGGAGGAGGAUGCACUGAGACACACAUGGCAGCCUACAUCAGUAACAAGGGCACUACGGAAGCAGCGGAGGCAGCGUUAUCCCUGGGAGUCUCCCAGUCUCAGUACCUACUGGGACUGAACGGGUUCUGCUCCUCCCUGGAGGCUGUAGCCUUGGCCCUGGUGCACGAUGGAGAAACCGGCCUCGUAGACCUCAGCUACGCCCACCACUGGUCUGUGCCCCAGGGAGAGGCUGUUCAUUCGGGUACUGUGCCCCAGGGAGAGGCUGUUCAUUCGGGUACUGUGCCCCAGGGAGAGGCUGUUCAUUCGGGUACUGUGCCCAAGGGAGAGGCUGUUCAUUCGGGUACUGUGCCCCAUGGAGAGGCACUCCAGUGGGGUGAUGGAGAUGAGGUUCCAGCCACCUGUGGCUGUGGCCUGGUGGAGAGGAGCGCCAGGCCUGGGCUGGAGUGGACUCCCCUCAACACCAGGUACCCUUCACGUCCUGCCCCCCUGGUUGUGGGUAAGGACACUCCCCCUCAGCUCAGGGUGCUGGACUCCUUCACAGCCAAACUCAAUGCUCUGCAGGUUGCCGUGGAAAUGGCUAAUCUGGUACUGGACAUUAGAUACGUCAUCCAAGAUGUGAACUGACACUAACCUCUCAUCCAAGAUGUCAACUGACACCAACCUCUCAUCCAAGAUGUCAACUGACACCAACCUCUCAUCCAAGAUGUCAACUGACACUAACCUCUCAUCCAAGAUGUCAACUGACACCAACCUCUCAUCCAAGAUGUCAACUGACACCAACCUCUCAUCCAAGAUGUCAACUGACACCAACCUCUCAUCCAAGAUGUCAACUGACACCAACCUCUCAUCCAAGAUGUCAACUGACACCAACCUCUCAAUUCAAUUCAAAGGGGCUUUAUUAGCAUGGAAUGUGUUUACAUUGUCAUUGUUUUGUUUACAGUUUAUUUCAGCUUUUAACAGUAAACAUUACACACAACACUUUCAAGAGAAUAACGUUUAAAACAUGAUAUUACUAGCGGUUAUAAAAAAAAAUCUAGUAUAACAUUUAAAAUGUUACAUAAGCUAGGUGUCGUGACAAUGUGCAAAUAGUAGACUGUACGAAUGACAGGGGUGGGAAAUGAAUAGGCAGAUAUAUGUAGGUUUUAUUCGAUUGUUGUUUCUGACCCACUGGUCGACCUUUUCUUGUGGCAGCAGGUCACACAUCUUGCUACUGUGAUAUUUUGCCUAACAGGAGAAAAAUGAUAUGUGUUGGAAUUC